AUGCUUCGUCCAACCCUGUCCCUUGCGGUGCGGCGCACACCUGCAGUUUUUUUGGCCGCUGCGGCCGCCUCUGCAGCGCCGGCAGCAGGAAGGGUAGACCCAAAGAAGUCAUCCAAGGCUCCACAAGAGUCCAAGGUUAAUGGUGCCACGGGGCCUGAUGGAGAUUCUGUUUUGGACAAGGCGGUGGUGGCCGGCUGUCUGAGUGCCGUUGCUGCCUGGUUCGUCUUUGGGCCUCCAAUUCAGUCGCACCAUUGA